CGAUUAGAAUUCAUGCGAGUGAUCUCAUUCAGUAUCAAGACUUCGUCUGGUGUAAAUCUUUUUUGCGAAUUCUCUGUUCUUAAAUAUUGUUGUGAGUUUGAAAUUCUCUGGAAGUUUUUUUUUUCUUCUGUGAAUUGUAUUCAACUGUUAAAAAUGUGCAAGGUAAACUCCUGUUGCUGUUUCAAUUUGAGAACUGGAUCUCUGAUAAUCGGAUGGUUAUGUGCCAUUGGAAGUUUGCUGCAAAUUUUCGGGAAACAAAGUGGAAAUAGUUACGAAGGACCAAUACAAGGCGUCGUUGGAUUGGUCAUCUAUGCAGCUUUGCUGUAUGGCAUUUACGCGCGACGACCAACUUGGAUGUUGUUGGCUAUCAUUCUUUCAACGAUCAAAAUUGUUAUCGCAGUCAUUUUGGGAGUUGUCGCGAUUGUUGCCAUCGCCUCUUAUCCGUACGACGAUCAACACCCGAAAGAAAAUCGUACUACAGGCAUAGCCAUAUUGGCCGUCAUAUACGCAUUUGUGUUAGGCCUUGGUAUCUACUUUACGUCCGUUUUGUAUUCUUUCUACAAGGAAUUGAAGGAAAAUCCAGGAAAUCCAUCGUACGCAUAAAAUAUUUUGACGGAAAUAUUUUUGUCAGCUUCUAAAUGUUUUCGCUUUUAUUUCUUUAUCUUUUGUAAAAGUAUCAGCUUUCGUGAAAUUACAAAAAUGAUCUUUCAACUUA